CAGAGAUUAUUAAACAUUUAAUUAAUCUGAUCAUUUUUCCAUGUAGAUUAAUAAAAUACUAAUUACAGGUUUUGAGAGUAACUGUGGCAACAGUCUUUUUGUUGUGUUUACUGUCAGUAGGAUUAUUCAGACUCUGAUAUUUCAUUGAUAUUUGACCACAGCUGUAACAUCAUGACUCUGCCUGUUUUCACUGCUCCCUCACAUUCAGUUCUAACUUACACUUGUAGCCCUUAUUGCUGACACAUGGAGUGUGUCUCUUUAAAAUGAUGCUGGACUUUACGGGGAUUCCCUGGACCAGUGAAUGCAGCACCUCCAUCCUCCUCUCUCUCUCACACCCUCAGUCUACUGUGCAGCAGCAGCAUCACUGGAAUCAGCAUCAGCAUCAGCAGCAUCCGUGGACCAGGGCGCGACUCUGAGCUGAUAUGCUCCUCUCUUCCCUCAUGGCUCCUUCUUUUCUACUCUUAUCACAUGUUUUGAUCCUUUUCGUCCUCGUCCAUGCCUCUGAAGAUCUAAGAGGUAACAUGCGAGAGGUAAAGGUAAAGGCGGGAGAGGAAGUCACUCUGGAGUGUCAGGGUCCUACCCACGCUCCCAUAGAGGUCCUGAAGUGGAUCAGACCAGACCUGAUGUCAGACCGGGGGUUAGAGGGCUACGUCUUCUUCUAUCGAGAUGAACGGUCUCAUGAAUCUUACCAUCAUCAGCUAUUCGUGGGCCGAGUAGAACUGAGAGACCCGGAGAUGAAGGACGGAGACGUGUCUCUGAUUCUGAGGAACGUCAGCACCAACGACACUGGAAGAUACGAGGGUCACGUGUCGGUGAGCAACACAGGACGCAGGAAGAGAGCCCAGUCUGAGCUCUGGUGUGUCAUCAAGCUGACCGUCGAAGACUCAGGUCCAACACAUGAAGAAACCUGGUUCAGACAAAUCGCUCAGGUCCUGGGGCUGGAAGAAAACCACCUGCUUUAUGUUUUAGUUUCUGUUGCUGUUGUUGUGAUUCUUCUGACUGGACUUUGUUGCUCAGUAAUCAAGAAAUAUAAGAAUCGCAGUCAGAACUAUGGACCCUCAAUGCGGGAGCCUGAAGAGAUGGCUAUGAAGGCCCAAGACUCUCAUAGCUGUGACAGUCCGUCACACUGCUAA